GCAAUCACAUUUAGCCAAGAAACAUGGCCAAGAAGAAGGGUAAGAAGGGCAGGAAGGGCAAGGUUAACUGCAAUUUCAAGAUCACCGAUGAAAUGCUCAAGCCCAUGAACGAGACCACUGUUGUCGACGACGCAUGUGACGGGUGCUGCCAGUGCACAUGCGAUUGUGACUGCAGUCCGGAGCUUGCACCCUGCUUCAUCCAACCCACUCGGCCCGAUCCGGGUCCGGAGGCUUAUGACGAGUUCGAGGCCAGUCUGAAUGGCAGCGGUCUGACAAUACGCGUCCUCAAGAACACCCACAAAGUGGAGAGCAUAGAUGAUGGGGCCAGGGAAGAUCUGGGCGACGAGGAUGAUCACAAUGGCGGCGAGCCUAAGAAGGACUCUGGCCUGCACGAUAUGCUGCAGCGUAGUUCCUUCGCCAGGAAUCACAUAAAGCGGCGCACCGGCGGCAGUAUCGUUAAUCAUCCGAACAUCCCGAAAGUCCGGGCCAAUAUCAAGUACUCCGGCAACGAUGCCUGCGAGACGGACAACUACUAUGUGCCUUUUUCGAAGAUCAAGGAGGCCUGUGAUCUGCAGGAGGCCAAGGUGGAUUGCUAUCGCCGGCUCUGCGGCGGCCACGAUCGUGAGGUUCCGGCUCGUCAUCCUAGCCUGAAUCAGCGUAGCUGUUGCAUGCAGGUCGAGGGCAAGGACAUUAUGGAGACCAUGAAGGGCGUUAAUCUGGAUACCAGACGCAAGGGAAUUGAGGUCUGCUACAAAACCUGCGAUGAGACCGACAGCGAUGUCUUCCUGGUCAAGCUGGGCAGCAAGGCCAAGUCGCAGCACAAGAAGAACACCAUUGAGAUUGAGCUAAGGACCCCCAAGCAGCCGGUGAAUCUGCCAGUUAGCAAGGUCACCACGGAGACCUAUGUGUCCGAGGAUAUGCUCACUUCGGGCAAAAAACGCAAAAAGGGCAAGAAGGGCAAAGGCAAGGGCAAGAAGAAGUAGAACCAACAAAUUCUGAUCCUGAAGCAUUAACCGGACUUGUACAAAAUUUCUACGCCUUGACCGAUCACCGCUACACUUCUCAAAUUUAUAGCUAUAGUCAAAAUUUGGAUUUGGCAAUGAUAAUUUCUCCUAUUUAUAUUCACCCGUAAUGCAUAUUUGGACUACAGUUGAGUAAAUGUAUUUUUGGCUUUAAUUAAAUUGCAAAUUUGCAACCUAAAUUUAAA